GUGAAGGGCAACAUCGCGCACGCCAAUUGCGCGGCUGGCGUCACUGGGCUCAUCAAGGUACUCUACAUGCUGCGCAGUCAGCAGCUCGUGCCAGUGGCUAACUUUGAGAAGCUGAACCCCAAGAUUGAUUUCUCAGGCUCGCCGAUGUUCGUGAACAACGAAUCCUGCAGUUGGGACGGGCGGGGCAGCACCCUGCGCACAGGCGUCAGCUCCUUCGGCAUCGGGGGCACCAACGCCCACUGCGUGCUUGAGGAGAUCCCGCAGGCGCCGCCGCAGCAACCGCACGCGGGGGCGCAGUGGAGCUACCACGUGCUGCCCAUGUCGGCCAAGUCUUUGUUUCUGGCUCGGGAGCUUCUGCAGCCUGUGCAGCUGCCCACCGCUGGGCGUUUCAUGGCCCAGGUCACGUGCCCACGGGUCUCGCAGCCACCUGAGGCUGUGAGGGCGCUCCAGGAGCAUGGCGCCUGCAUCCUGCCCUGGGCCGGUACCACAGAGGACGAGGUGGCCGCGCUGCCUGGGGCAUUGUUCGGCCCGGCUCUGCGCGCAGCCGGGCCUCCCGCAGAAAUCUCGGACCGUAUCAUGGCCUCCCGGGGGAUCGAGAAGCAUGAUAGUUUCCGCGCCCACACGGACGGGCACGCCUACGGCGAUCUCUUCCCGGACGUCUUCGCGCUCGUCUGCGUCCGGGCCUGCGCGUCCGGAGGCGCCAAUUUCCUCAUAGACGGCUACGGGCUGCUCGACGAACUCGCCGCGGAUCCAGAGUCGGACUGGGUGCCCGCGGCCCUCGAGGCCAGCCCCGUCGUCGUGCGUGCCCGGGACGGCCGCCGCGCGUUGCGCUGCCGGCUGGCGGGCCCGCCCGCCGCCUUCGCGGCCCAGCGGGUCGCGGCGGAUUCGACCGAGCCGCAGCGCGACGCGCGCAUGCUGAGCGCCUACCACUCCGCUGUGGAGCGGGCGCAGGCCAGGGCGACGCGGGUCACGCUCCGGCCAGGGGAGGCCCUCAUCGUGGACAACUACCGCAUGUUUCAUGGCCGAGACCCCUACGAGGAUCCAGAGAGGAUGCUGUGGCGCCUCUGGAUCUGGACGGACACCGCCCGCGGGGUCCCAGAGGGUGAGGUGCAGUCGACGCCGGGCAACACAGAUGGGGCUGUGGUCGCUGACUGUGAGCCGGGUUCGGGCGACGCGCGCGAUGAGAGUCGGCAGAGCGACAAACGUCGCCGGCUGAGCUGA